GCUCCUCCAACCAUUCCUCUUGACCAGGGAUCUUCCCAAGCACGUCAUCGGUAGCUCUUUUUAGCUGAUCGCAAGCUGAAAGCUUCCUUUAAAGUUGUUGAUCUAUGGAGCUACCUAAGGUUGCUUUCUUGUUAGAUCUCCAUGUAGUUCCAUUCUAGCUUGGGUUUUUCUUCAUGGGUUGUAUAGAAAUCCCCAAUUAACCCUGGCAAUAAUAGCUAGAGUUUCGAUAUUUACCGUCACCUAGUAGUUAGGCUGGUAUUAUUACUACUCUAAUAAGUCAGAAAUCCACCUACCAGCAACCAAAUCAUGGCGGACGAAUUGACCGAGGAGGGAACUUCCAAACCACCACAGCCCGGUGAGGAUAUCGCAGUUGGCAUUGAAGAUGUCAGCACGAUACCCAAGGGCACAAUUGAUCCGGUGUAUGAAGCAAAGGCGAGAGUUUUGAAUAGAGCAAUUCAAGAUAUUGGCAUGGGAUGGUACCAAUGGCAGCUCUUCAUAGUCGUGGGCUUUGGAUGGGCCUCCGACAACCUCUGGCCCAUCGUCACCUCCUUAAUCUUCACCCCGAUCCUCAAUGAAUUCCACCCCUCGCGCCCCCCGCUACUAAGCCUUGCCCAGAACAUCGGCCUGCUUGCCGGAGCUAUGUUCUGGGGAUUCGGCUGCGAUAUCUUCGGCCGUAGAUGGGCCUUCAACCUGACCCUUGGCCUAACCGCCGUAUGGGGCAUGAUAGCGGCCUCCGCGCCCAACUUCGCUGCCAUCGGAGUCUUCGCCGCCUUUUGGUCAUUCGGCGUUGGCGGCAACCUUCCGGUGGACUCUGCUAUUUUUCUCGAGUUUCUCCCUGGGUCCCACCAGUAUCUGCUCACGAUCCUCUCGAUCGACUGGGCGAUCGCCCAGGUCAUAGCGAACCUGAUUGCCUGGCCGCUGCUGGGAUACAGAACGUGCCAGCAAACGGACGGUAACUGCACCCGGGCCGAGAACAUGGGAUGGCGGUACUUCAUGGUCGCCAUUGGCGGGCUAACGCUCAUCAUGUUCGUCCUGCGUUUCUUCUGCUUCACCAUUUAUGAAUCACCCAAGUACCUUAUGGGCAAGGGGUUAGACGGAGAAGCUGUACGCGUGGUUCACGAGGUUGCACGACGAAAUAAAACGGCUUCGGCGUUGACCAUUGAUGAUCUGAAAGCAUGUGAGCCAGAAGGGUAUGAAAACAGGACCACCGCAAGUGAUGCGAUGAAGCGCCAACUUGAGAAAAUUGACCUCACUCACAUCCGAUCUCUGUUUGCGACGAGGAAGCUAGCUUAUAGUACGGGGGCGUUGAUGCUAGUGUGGGCCUUCAUCGGACUUGGAUAUCCCCUCUAUAAUGCCUUCCUACCUUACAUCCAGUCCAUACGUGGCGUCGACUUUGGAGACGGCUCCACCUACAUCACGUAUCGCAACUCCUUGAUCAUCUCCGUCCUCGGCGUGCCUGGCGCCUUAAUCGGCGGUAUUCUUGUCGAGCUUCGCAAUUUCGGCCGUAAAGGGGCACUUAGUCUGAGCACCAUCCUCACGGGCGUUUUCCUGUACUGCUCUACCACCGCGACGAAUUCCUCCAGCCUUCUGGGGUGGAACUGCGCCUACAGCUUGACGAGCAACGUCAUGUACGCCGUCUUAUACGCCUUCACGCCGGAGUUGUUCCCCACAAAAGAUCGCGGCACCGGGAACGCGCUGACGGCGACCUCGAAUCGGAUCUUCGGUAUCAUGGCGCCUAUCAUUGCCAUGUUUGCGAAUCUCCAGACGGCUGCGCCAGUAUACACAAGUGGUGCGUUGUUCAUUGCGGCGGGACUCGUCGUGUUAACUCUACCUUUUGAGUCUAGAGGGAAGGCAAGCUUAUGAGCUUUGGCUUGUGUACCUACCCUCCUAUGUUAUAAUAAUCUUUUUUUUCUGGAAUUCCUGCUGGUUAUAUAAGCGACUGGUUAGGCUUACUGCCUAGAGGCUUUGUAUACCUAAUUACCUCGAGCAAAAUCGAUACCCCCUACCUAUUUCAUUAUUCAUAUAGUU